AUGGUAAUCGGAGCUGAGUCGGAUGUCAGGAAGAUGCCCAGAAUCCUGAAAUCUAUUCGCCCCAGCAAUGCCGAGCAGCGGCAGCUGACGGAGGAAAUAGUGAAGUUAUGGAUCCACCGCCUGAACGACGUGUCGUUCGAGUUCGAGAUUGACGACGUGAUGGACGACUGGAGCACCGUGAUUCUUCAGCGCAGAGUUGAAGCCAACCAGCCGGAUCUCAAUUGA